AAGAAUGGCAAAUUGAGAAUUUAUUUCGGAGCAGUGUAACGGCGUAAUUGGUCCGCCGUACCGGAACGUUCUCACAUGAAGCUCCAUGCUGGGUGUUUACACAUGUUUACUUACUUGUCAAACUUUAUAGGUCCUAAAUAAACAUCGACAUGCAUUUCACACAAACGCUGGAGCUUUUCCCCGAGCAGCGCGUAACUCAAAUGCUAUUUAAAGACGUGAAAAACGCGGCAGAAUUGAGACAGAGCGCCGUGGAGGGGAAAAUUAACGCCGCACUGAUCAACCCGACCAUGUUGGUGAGUCCUUUCCAAGCCCUGCUGGCUGCUAAUAAAGCUGUUCAUUUACAAACCAUCGGGAAAAUGAAGACGAGAAGUUUAAACUCCGAGAUCAUCUUCAACCUUUCACCGACUAAUAAUAUUUCAGAGGCCUUUAAACGCUUCGGGAUCUCGGAUCAGGAUCGGUCUCUUCUUGUGGUCGUAGUUCACAACAAAGACGAGUCCGAGUUCCUGUCCAACAUCACCAGCAGGGUGGACGGGCAGCAGGUCCCCGCAGAAGAGUUUUCCUCGUUUUCAGAUCCUGCAAAGAUCAGAAAGCUGUACAAAAUAACUCCUCAGGAGGAGACGUGCGGAAGUUUACUGGAUGCUGUCGUCUGCAGAAUGGCCACUAAAGACGUCAUGUAGAUCCUGAAAUGACAGAAGAGCAGAACAUAGCAUUUCUUUUUGUCACAUGACUUCAUUUUUUUUGUCAAUUAUGUCUGUAAUAAACAGAUUUUUUUUUAUUUUAA